UGGUGAACGCCUAGCCCCUAUACCCGGAAGAAGUUCGGGGCCGCAGCCAACCAGCCAAGCGACCAGCGAUCCCGCCCAUCCCCACCUCGCGGCCGCCUCCGUUGCUCCCCGUGCUGCACGCGAGACCGUGAGGUGGUGGGAAGACUCGGAAGAGCGCGGAGAUGGCGAAGCAUUUCGUGCUCAACACCGGCGCCAAGAUCCCCUCGGUGGGGCUCGGCACCUGGCAGUCCGACCCCGGGGUCGUCGGUGCUGCCGUCUACGCUGCUGUCAAGGCCGGGUACCGCCACAUCGAUUGCGCCAGGAUGUACAAGAACGAAAAGGAGGUGGGGAUGGCUCUGAAGAAGCUAUUUGAAGAGGGAGUUGUCAAACGUGAAGAUUUGUUUAUCACAUCUAAGCUAUGGUGUGAUCAUCACGCCCCAGAGGAUGUGCCUGAGUCACUAGAUGAAACCUUGAGUGACUUACAGCUUGAGUACCUGGAUCUUUACCUUGUAUAUAUCUUAUUUGACUUGCUCAUUGUUCUUUCCACCAUCAAGAUUCACUGGCCAUUCAGAGUAAAGAAGGGAUCCGGCAUUAGUAACACUGAAGACUACAUACCGCCUGACAUCCCAUCUACCUGGGGAGCAAUGGAGAAGUUAUAUGAUUCUGGUAAAGCUCGUGCCAUUGGUGUGAGUAACUUCUCAUCGAAAAAACUGGGUGACCUACUUGCUGUAGCUCAUGUACCUCCAGCUGUUGAUCAGGUUGAGUGCCAUCCUGGUUGGCAACAAUCGAAGCUACAUAACUUUUGCCAGUCAACUGGCGUUCAUUUUUCUGCAUACUCGCCACUAGGUUCACCUGGUUCAAUAUGGAUGAACAGUAAUGUCCUUAAGGAACCUGUCAUCAUCUCAAUUGCAGAGAAGCUUGGCAAAACUCCUGCACAAGUGGCACUGCGCUGGAACAUUCAGAUGGGUCACAGUGUACUCCCAAAAAGUGUGACGGAAGAAAGGAUAAAGCAGAACAUAGAUGUUUAUGACUGGUCUAUUCCAGAGGACUUGCUUGCUAAGUUCUCUGAGAUUAAGCAGGUUAGGCUGCUCAGGGGAGACGUCAUUGUUAAUCCUCACAGCGUUUACAAGACCCAUGAGGAGCUCUGGGACGGGGAAAUUUAGCAGCAGUCAGAUUAUUCCCUGGGAGCAGCUUACGUUAGUGGCGAUCACGCUCAUUGAUCAUCAUGUAUUCGCAAAUAUAUGCUUAUCCAAUGUUUGGUGGUUGAGUGCUCGUCUCUCGGGAGAAAUCCGAUGGUGGUUGAGUACUCUUGACCUCAUAGAACCUGUGUAACGAGUUGCUUGAUCAGCAGCAUCAUGUUCCCUAUAGAAAUUCUUUUUAGUGCUCCUCUGAAUAAUAAUCUGAAUAACACUGGAUCAUGCUAGUUUGGUGCUUCGCCUUUGGCAUCGUUUAUCCCGUGCUACUACCUCCGUCCUGAAA